AUGGAGACUGAUGGAGACACAGCAACAGCAAACAGCAAUAAGGAGGAGAAGAGUGACAGUGCAGCAGCAGCAGCAGCAGAAAACGCAGCAGCAACAACGACAGCAGCAGCAGCUGCUGCUGCUGGUGCAGCAGCUACUGAUGAGGCAACAGAUAUGUGUGAGGACCUGCCAAAGAACAAGCAGCAAAUGCAGCAACCAGUGCAGCAGCAGCAGCAGCAACAGCAGCAGCAGCAACAGCAGCAGCAGCAGCAUAUAGGAGACAGCAUAGUUUUAUUAGAUACAAGAUAUUUGCUGCCUAUGUGGGAGUUAUGUCUUGGGGGCCCCCUUGCUGCUGCAGAUGGGGCCCCCUUGCUGCCAAUUCGUUGCUGCUGCUGCUGCUGCAACAGGUGCAACUUAGGUCUUUGCCGCCAGUGCUCUGGGUGGCGGGAUACAGCAGCAGCAGCAGCAGCAGCAGCAGCAACUAGUCGCCCCUUUUGCUGCACUUCUGUCUCCUUUGCAUGCGAUGACCGCUGUCUUGUCUUAGUAGAUGCAGCAGGGGCUGUCGAGGUGCUGGCGCUGCAGCCACUGGAAGCAGCAGCAGCAGCACCAGCACCAGCAACAGCAGCAGCAGCAGCAGCAGCAGCAGCAGCAGCAGAACCUAGCAGCACCAGGCACCUCCCCAAGUCUCCAGCUGCCCCAUCAGACACCCCACAUCCGCAUGCAGCCCAUAGCCCCACAGCCGAGGUCCCAUCACGAGCUGCUGCUGCAGCAGCAGCAGCGCCAACAGCAGCAGCAGCAGCAGCAGCAGCAGCAACAGCAGCAGGAGGACAUAAUCAUAUAAGGAGACAUUAUCCUCGUCGUGUCUGCAGAUUAGAUUUUAUAGGUACUAAUUUAUUGGGGGGCCCCUGUUGCUUAUUAUCUAUUAAGUUGCUGCGUGUCUCCUUUAUACAGACACAGCAGCAGCAUAUGCUGCUCCUGUCCUCUUGUUGGGUACAGGAUAAAUGGGAGGGGCCCACCUGUGGGGCCCCUCGUACCCCCUCUACUAGCAACAGCAGCAGCAGCAACAGCAGCAGCAGCAGCAGCAGCAGCAGCAGGUUAACAGAGGAUUUAGUGCAGGAGACAGCAGGAGGCCCUGUAUGGUUAUAUUCCUUAGAUAGGGAGGAGGAGUUAUGGGAUCGCGAUCCCAUCGAUCCCGGGAUCGUCUCCCCAUUUGUGGGGCCCUACUGUCUCCUAGAUCUAGUUAUACAAUUAAGCAGCAGUCCCCCGCUGCGUCUCCUUAUUGACAGCAGCAGCAGCAAAGUGCUGCGCUGUGUCUCCCUUCUCUCUCUUGAUCUUGCCCUUAAUUGUCUCUCUUUUGCAGCCCCACAGAUACCAGCUGCUGCAGCACGUGAGGUGCAGCAGCAGCAGCAGCAGCAGCAGCAGCAACAGCAGCAACAGCAACAGCAACAGCAGCAGGAGGAUCAACAAGAAACAAAAGAAACAUUAGCAACAACAGCAACCUGCAGCUGCGGGACUACAGAGUGCAUGCAUCAGCAGCAACAGCAGCAGACGCGGGAUUUAGAAGCAACCACAUCUCCUGCUGCAGCUGAGCAGCAACAGCAGCAACAGCAGCAGCAGCAACAGCAGGAGCAGCAACAGCAGGAGUCGGAUGCCACUGGCAUGGGAGGCAAUGGCCUAUCCAGUGGGCCGAGGAAACAAACAAAACAAAAGGAGACACCUGUAGCAGCAAAGAAAAACAGCAGCAGCAACAGCAGCAACUGCAGCAGCAACAGCAGCAGCAGCAGCAUCAGCAGCAUCAGCAGCAACAAUAUUAUUGGCAGUCUUAAGAGAAGCGCCUAUGCGCAUGUAGUAUUUAAGUAUUCUCCUUAUAGCUCACUGCAGCUAACUAAUGGGGUGUAUGUGCAGCAGCAGUGCAGCAGCAGCAGCAGCAGCAGCAGCAACAGCACCAAUGAGGGUUGUUGCUAUCCUGCUGCUGCUGCUGCUGCUGCUGCAGUUCCUGCAGCAAAGUCUGUAGGGCAGCUACACCGCGAUUUUCCUGUUGGUGUAUUUAGGCAACAAAUACAACCUAAUGGCCGAUUGCCUCUUGUCCCCUUGCCUCCUCUACUGUCUCUAGAUUCACCAGCAGCAGCAGCAGCAGCAGCAGCAGCAGCAGCAGCAGACUGUGAGUGCGGGCAAUGGUUCGUCGGCAUGGCGUUGCCUUGCGGUAUGAUUGUUGUGCUUGAUCUUCACCACAGAGUUCUUGCCAAGUAUAGAUUUGCUUCCUCAAGGGCAGGCUUCUUUGAUCAUCUAGAGGUGCAGCCAGGAGGAGGUUUGCUGCUAGCAUGGAGGGAGAAAUUCUCCGUGCUGCUCUCCUUUUCUCCUUCCCCUGCAGCAGCAGCAGCAGCAGCAGCAGCAGCACCUGGCACCCAACUUAAUCCCCUCCAGCCCUUCUGGCGAUGCAAACAAAUGGAGACAGCAGCAAGUGACACAGAAGAACACCACCAGCAGCAGCAGCAGCAACAACAACAGCAGCAGCAGCAACAGCAGCAGCAGCAGCAACAGCAGCAGCAGCAGCAGCAGUUGGAUGAAGUAGACUGUGAAGAGGAGCAACGCCAUAGACAAGAGUCCCGCGAUAGUGAAGAGCCUCACAGCAGCAGCAGCAGCAGCAGCAGCAGCAGCAGCAGCAGCAGCAGCAGCAGCAGCAGCAGCAGCAAUUCUGUCUCCAAACGCCUCCUGUACUCGAGAGAGAAGAAAGGGAGACACACAGCCAGAGACCUACUCCAAGGGAAGGGUAUAGGUAUAGGAGUAUGUAGUAGAUCAAUAUCAUCAGCUGCCCCUUCUGCUGCUGCUGCUGCUGCAGCAGCAGCAACAGCAGCAGCAGGAGCAGCAGGAGAAGAAGGAGAAGAAGAAGAAGAAAUAGAUAUAUUUAUAAUUCGUGUAUUAAUAGAGUUACCUGUUGUGGCUAGCUAUUGCCUCUAA